AUGUCCUUGCAGGCAUUUGGUUUUAUGGCUCGAGUGGCGUUGAAAGCUGAGAAAAUGGAUCACCAUCCGGAAUGGUUCAAUGUCUACAAUAAAGUGGAUAUCACGCUGAGCACUCACGACUGCGGCGGUCUGUCUCAAAAAGAUAUCACACUGGCGAAGUUCAUUGAAUCGGUCAAAAAGUGA